CACGGGUUAACUCUUGCGUUGCAUUUCGAAAACGUGGGGAUUUAGGCACCUGUUGCUUUUGUAAAGAUGGCUCGUGAGUGGAGUGUUGUUACAACGGCUCUUCAGGAAGGAAGACAUGAACUCGUGAUUUCUGGGAAGGAAAUCUCAGAAAUGAUCGAGAAAUCAGGGCUUGACAAUAGAAUUUAUGAUUUAAAGAAGCUCAACUUUCUGGAAAUUUCCCAUACUUGUUUAGAACAUCUAUCUGAAGAUAUAUCCAAGCUUUCAAAUAUUGCCCAACUCUGUCUUACAUCAAAUAUGCUAAAAGCUGUUCCAACCAAUCUCGGAUCUCUUCAUUCUUUACGAUGUUUGGACUUAUCCUUCAACAACAUUUCAGUGAUUCCUGACAUUUUCAGUCAACUGUCUAAUCUAUAUAGUCUUAUUUUGUCUGGUAAUAAAAUACAAAGUAUACCAUCUGUUCAAGGGUUAAAAUCGCUACACGAAUUCUCAGCUUCUAAAAAUCAAUUAACCUUACUUCCUGAAGGGAUAGAGCUGCUGACUAAUCUGGCCGUCUUGGAUGUCUCAUAUAACAACAUUUCUAAUUUGCCUAAAGAUAUGUUUAAUUUAUCAAGUUUAAAAAGUGCAAAUUUUUCCGAAAACUCUUUAACUGAUUUUCCAGCCAAUAUUCAUCGCUGUCGUAAACUAAAUGUUCUAAUAAUUCAUGGAAAUCCUUUUAAAGAUAAUCGGUUGAAAAGGCUUUCUGUCGAUGAACAUUCGCCAACUGCUCUUUUAGCUUACCUUCGUCGAUUGGAUGAAACAGCUGGCGGGAAAGGAAAAAAAGUCAGUGACAAACAUUCAUCAUCAAAAGCUUUAACCGAACACCAGGAAACGAAUAAUGUUAUUGCCCAACCUCCAGAAGUUACGGAAAGUUCAGUGCCUCAUAUUGUCAUUCAGCGUCCAUCUGAACAAGAACAAUAUCAAAUUAAUCAAACUCAUUCAGUGAAAUCUGGUCCACGUCCAUUCAUAGUUGCCUGUACAGUUCAUGGCGUAGAAUUUUCAUCUGAAGCUAAACUAAAAGCUUUCUUACGAGCUCAAGAAAAUUGGCAUCGUGAUAUUGGCCAAAUGCGUCGUCAUGCAACUUUAGCCACUCACGAUUUACAGCUGAUCCGUUUUCCGCUUACUUAUACUAUAAAAGAAGCAAAGUCAUUUGUAAUUCAUCCAUUAAAUAGGACUCCUAACAGUACAGGUGAAGCAUUUUUAAGACAAUUAGUUCAUGAAGCACAAUUAGAUAGGAAAUCUCGUAAACAAACAAAAUUUAGUCAGAUUUAUCGUUAUUUAAAUGUAUUGGAUAUUGAAAGUGCAAUGGUUUCAAAUGUAUUCAGUGAUGUAAUGGUUCCUAUUGUUGUGGAUAGUACACCAGUGGUUAUUUCAGUUCCUCCACUUACUAAUAGUCAUGAUACACGUUUGACUGUAAACACACACAAUAUACUGAUUGAAGUUUCCGGUAUCAAUUUACCUGUAUGCAAACAAUUUGCUGAAUUAGUUAUUGCUUGGUUAUUAGAAAAUGCUUGUCCCCAAUUAAAAGAAAAUCAAUACAAUAAUGGCAAAGUUCAUACAGACACAGUGAAUACAACAGAACAACAAUCAAAUCUUGUCAAUGAAUUUGAUAAAAAGUUAACAAUCAAACAACCGAUUGUUAUCCCAGUGAAUUCUCUUGUAGUACGUCCAAUUCGUGUUGUUGAUGUCGAUGAUGAUUGUAGUCUAUGUGUUAUGUUUCCAUCACGAUCAGAUUUAACCGAUGCAAAGUUUAAUACUAUUCGUUAGAUUUUUUUUUGUUUAUUCUCCUAUUCAUCUGUUAUUUAUUUACAUGUUACGAAAAAAUGACAACAACAACAGCGACAUUAUUAUUAUUAUUAUUAUUAU